AUGCCGAGCAAUCCAAAGGAUCCAAAGGCCUCUCUAGGCAAGGCAACCCCCACCAAAGCUACCCCCACCAAGGCGAUCCUUACCAAGGCGACCCCAGCCAAGAGCACUCCAACCAAAAAGGGAACGCUGGCAGGGUCCUUAGAUGGCCUUAUGGGCCUAACCAUAUCCGAAGCCCGUCUCAUUCUACUUGGAUCAAUCCACCAUGACAGUAGUGGCAAGAUCGAUUUUGACAAGGUUGCGGAUCGGGUCAGCGUGACCACGCCGAGUGCGAGAAGAAUGCACUUAAAGGCACGAAACAAGCUCGUUCAACACGAAGAGCACGCCGGCGCCAAUCCAACAACAAAGACUAAGCGCAAGUCAACUGGCAGUGAAGACGAUGAGGCUGCUGAUGCCUCGCCUAUCCCAGCCGCCAAGAAGCCUCGUGGUCGUAAACGAAAGCAGGCAGAACCGGAGCCUGAGGCCAAGAAACAAGAUAAAUCUGACGGAGAGCUCAAAUCGGAGGACGAAGUUGAUGCUCAGCCCGAUGAGGAGCCUGAGCUUGAGGCUCCCGAGAAUAAAUAUGCUACAAGUGGCGAGGAUGUGUGA